AAAACAACAACGUGAAGCAGGGAGGUUGGAGUGGUGCAGGGGCUUCUAGUGCUGUGUUAUAGCAUUAGGCGAGGGUUAGGAACCGUUUUUUCUGCUUUGAAGCUUUGACCAUGUCCACUGGGGAUCAGGGCCAGUAUGGUCAGUUUCUUCUAUCCAGACUAGGAGAGUUCUAUCAAGAGAGACUUCUGUGUGACUAUGUGCUCAAGGUGAAUGAAGAGAAGUUUGAGGUUCACAAGGUAGUAUUGGCAGGAUGCAGCGAUUACUUCAGGGCACUGUUCACACACGGAAUGCGCGAGAGCAGGAGCAACAUGCUGCAGCUUGAUGGUCUUGACACAAUGGCCAUGAGACAACUCAUCAAUUUUGCUUACUCAGGGAAACUACACUUGAAUUUAGACAACAUAGAAAAUGUUCUGUCAGUUGCAAGCUUUCUGCAGAUGACAUCUGCAAUGGAACUUUGUUCAUCGUUUCUAAAAUCGAACAUAACUUUCGAUAACGCUGAAAAAUUAUCAGCUCUUGCCGAGACACAUGGUUUGGUGAAAGUGAACCAGUAUAAGAAAAAGUAUAUUCUGGAUAAUUUUUAUGAGUUUUCACAAACAGACCAGUUUCUGAAGUUAGAUGCCAAAACACUGGCAGAUUACCUUGCGGAUGAUUCUUUGAAAACCACUACUGAGGCUAGAUUGUUAAAGUGUGCUUUGAGAUGGUAUGAUCAUGACCCUGAAGCCAGGAAAAAUGUUGCUCACAGUGUAUUUGAAAAAAUCAGGUUUACUUUAGAUGGCUGGCCAACCAUAGAGUAUGCGCAGGAAAGGGAGCCAUUUAAAUCAAACAUUAAUGGCUGCAUGGAAAUCCUGAACUAUGCAAGCAAUUACAUGCAGAAUGCAUCGAGAAAACAUCUCUACCAGUGCAACAGAACGCGCGUCCGCUACACACGCAAAACUUUGGUCCAAAUAGGCGGGGAGCAUCAUAUCAUGUAUUCCUAUGGGGACGAACUUGCGGGAACACUGGUAGGUUACACCCAUAAUCACUACUUCCACCUGGACAAUCAGCGAUGGUUUCCUUUAGGAGUCGUCGGGACAUUUGAUUCCAGGUCUCACUGUGUUUUCAUGGAGGUGAAUGACUUUGGUAUUCUCAUCGGUGGGUAUCUGUACUCCUGGGUGACCUUGCCCCAGGCUCAGAAGUUUCCCACAAAUGAGGUGAAGCUGUUUGUGCCUGGGGGAUUUGCCCUGUGGGAUAUGCCUUACAUGUUGGAAGAUAGGGCACAUCAUGCUGCAGUGCGCAUUGGAGACUUUCUGUAUGUAGCAGGAGGAAUGGGCCAUGAUGCUUUUUUGUCAUCGGUAGAGAGAUUCAACAUGAGAGAAGAGGUGUGGGAAUAUGUGACGUCUCUUCCCUCAUCUUUAAUUGACCAUGCUGCUGCCGAGUGCCAGAACAAAAUGUAUGUCAGUGGUGGGAUAGAAGGUAACAGUGAUGUUGGAACAGACAAGGUGCAAGUGUAUGAUCCAGAGACCAACAGGUGGAGUACAGUCAACAAAAUGUUGACAGGCAGGUUGGGCCAUACAAUGACCAAGGUUGGAGACAGGCUUAUAGUGUGUGGGGGUCGUUUGGAUGAUCAAUCCCCCAGGUGCCUGAUCACAGUGGAAGCUUACAGCCCUAGUACUAACCAGUGGACUUAUAUUUCACCACUCAGAAAUGAUACAAGUUAUAUGGCAGCUGUUGUGCUGGAGGAAAAGCUGCUGAUUCUUGGAGGUGUUAACUCUGUACAGGAUCACCUUCAGUCCAUCCAACAGUAUGACCCAGAGCUGGACAAGUGGACACUGUACGGUUCCUUACCAACACCUUUAGGGAGCUUUGGUUGUUGUGCACUUACUGUGAAAAUGACAGAGAAUGGCCAGGAGGACACUGACAGUGUAAUGGAUGCUUAUAAUGUGUGGCCAAGUGGCUCAGAACCAGGAAGUGAUGAGGAGGAUCAUGAGGUCCAGGAUGCUAUAGCUGUCUUAAACCUUCAGAAUGGACUUUAGCCAUAAUCACACACAGAGACAACCCUCCAGCAGAGUAAAAAUAUCACCAUUAGAGAACAGUUUAGUCCAGUCUAUGGUGACUUACCACUGCCACAAAUGUUUUGCUGGGAGACUAAAGAUAAACUCUUUAAUUUUUCAUAAUUUAGAAUGACAAAAAAUGAAUAAUUUACUUUUCAAUUUUCUAUAAUUGAAAAGUAAAGUAAAAACAAAGUUGAAAAAGAGAACAUAAUUUUAAGUUAGAAAUGAUUUAAAAACUCCUUGGAAAGUUAUUUUGAUAUUGCACAUAAAAAGUAAAAU